CCUUCAACACACCAAAAUAACCGACGGUUACAAGAAUGUUCCUGCAAAACCAUAAUGCAUAAUGCAUGAGAGAGAAACACUAUUCCUCCAUUUUCAAAUUUCCCUUUCUCUCUAACCAUCAUUUUCUUUUACCCUAACACCAUUUUCUUCUCUACCUCAAUCUUUCACCAUUUUUUUUUUAUUUCUUUUUUUCUUACACCUGCAUUCUAUUUUGCUAUUUCUUCCAUUUCUUUAUCCGAUCGAUGAACGCAUCUCUUUCGUUUUUGCAACUUUUCGCGUUAAAUGUUUUCCUCUUUCGGAAUUCGGCGUUCGGAUUAGCUUAGGGUUUCAGCGGAAAAAAAAUUCUCUCUCUCCCUUUUUGUACAGAAUUGUUUUUGGAAUGGAACCUCGCGUUGGGAAUAAGUUUCGGCUUGGUCGUAAGAUCGGAAGCGGAUCGUUUGGAGAGAUCUAUUUAGGUACUAACAUUCAAAAUAAUGAAGAGGUUGCAGUUAAGCUUGAAAAUGUCAAGACAAAACAUCCUCAGUUGCUAUAUGAAUCCAAGUUGUACAGAGUUCUCCAGGGAGGAACUGGAAUUCCUGAUAUUAGAUGGUUUGGAGUUGAGGGAGAUUACAAUGUUCUAGUGAUGGAUCUGCUUGGACCUAGUCUUGAAGAUCUAUUUAACUUUUGCAGUAGAAAGCUCUCACUAAAGACAGUUCUCAUGCUUGCUGAUCAAAUGAUCAACCGUGUUGAGUUUGUUCAUUGUAAAUCUUUUCUACAUCGGGAUAUCAAACCAGAUAAUUUCCUUAUGGGAUUGGGAAGGCGGGCAAACCAGGUUUACUGUAUUGAUUUUGGUUUGGCCAAAAAAUAUAGGGAUAGUUCAACCCAUCAACACAUUCCAUACAGAGAAAAUAAGAAUUUAACUGGGACUGCUAGAUAUGCAAGUAUGAAUACCCACCUUGGCAUUGAGCAGAGUCGAAGAGAUGAUUUGGAGUCUCUUGGUUAUGUCUUGAUGUACUUCCUGAGGGGAAGUCUCCCUUGGCAAGGACUUAAAGCGGGAACCAAGAAACAGAAAUACGAGAGAAUCAGUGAAAAAAAGGUUUCUACCUCUAUUGAGGCAUUGUGUCGAGGUUAUCCAACAGAGUUUGCAUCAUACUUCCAUUACUGCCGCUCAUUAAGGUUUGAUGAUAGGCCAGAUUAUGCUUAUCUCAAGAGAAUAUUUCGUGACCUGUUUAUUCGUGAAGGAUUCCAGUUUGAUUAUGUGUUUGAUUGGACAAUUUUGAAGUAUCAGCAAUCACAGCUAGCCGCACCUCCUGCACGUGCUGUUGGUCCUGCUGCUGGAACUAGUUCUGCAAUGCCACCAGCUGUGACUAAUGCUGAUAGACAAACAGGAGAGGAAGACGGACGACCUCCUGGUCUGAUUUCAGGGGAUUCCACAAGGAGAAGAAUGUCAGGCACCAUCUCAAACACUGUAAAUAUUUCAAGACAGAAAAAUCCUGUCACCAUGGAUGCUGCUCUUAAUAAGGAAGCCAUGUUAUCAAAGCCCAAUGUCUUGGGUCAGUCAAGUGGAUCAAGGCGAGCGGGUGUUUCUAGUAGCCGGGAUGCAUUUGCUGGUAGUGAUUUGGAUUCUCGUACUCGUACUACUGAGGUUAACCCUGGAAUGCGCAAAAUAACAUCUGGGAGAAAUGCUUCUUCUCAUGUCAAGAACUAUGAAAGUGCUGUCAAGGGCAUUGAAGUAGUUGCAUACGUUACUAAGGUGAGCUGUGAAGGGAUAUGAACUCAGAUACGAAGGGAUAACCCUUGUGCUCAUACUCUGAUUAAGUGGGGAAGCUGAAAGAACUUAGUCUAACUCAAGUGGGGAAGCUCUGGUUUGCAUGGGCACUUGUCUUCUGGUAAGAACCCUAAAUUUUGUAAUAUUUUCUUGAGUUAUUGUUUUACCAGAUGCUUAUAAGUGUCAUGUGGACCACAUUGUUCAAAAAUAUCAAAUGCCACAAAAUCUACUCAUGUUUUGGUAAAACUGAAGUUUCCAAGACGUGUCUGGAUCUCAUCACUGCGGCCGUUAUCAGAAGUAUUUUAGGUUCUUGAAAGGGUAAUUCUUAUCAGCUUGAAUCAUAUUUUUUCUCAUGUUUCCCGUAAUUGUUAUCUCUGAAUAACAUUUACAUCAUUUUUAUUUCAAAUAUUUUGGAAGGAUUUAUUUAA